AUGGAAACGACCUCGCUCCGAUUCCUCAGCCGCGUCAAAACGACGCCGUCGGCUCUUUUUCUCUCUCCUCCCAGACUCCACCGGCCUCAAAAUCCACCUGCAUUUCUCCUCCGGCGAAACGACGCCGUAAAGAGAGCCCCUUUCGCUCUUUCUCUUUCUCACUCCACCUACUCUCUCAACCCUAACCCCUUCAAAUUCACCUCCUCAAUUUCCCAAUCUCAAUUUCCGAUCCCCAAUUCCAGCUUCAACGACACUGUUUCGAGCCAGAACGCCGCCGGAUUCCGAUGGACCCGGGCUUCCCGGAGCGGCGGAAAUGGGUCCUUUGGGGUCCAGAAGAGGGAGGUGGCGGUGGUGCUGCUGGGCGGGCAGAGCAAGCAUUUGAAGAGGUACGUGGAGUGGUACAACUCCCGAGGCGUUGACGCCGUGACUUUUGUGGUGGACGUGAGGGAGGUCAUGUGGUUUGAUUUGGGCCGCCGGGUCGAGAACCGGGUCGCGGAGCUGGCGCGUGAGCUGGAGUCGUGGGUGGAGAGUGAGAGGUGUUUGGUGUUUCACACUUUUAGUAAUACGGGUUGGUUUGUAUAUGGUGCGAUACUUGAGAUUUGGGAGGACAGGCCGGAUUUGAUCGAGAAGAUUAGAGGGUGUGUUGUUGAUUCAGGAGCUGGAAGCCCUUUUGAUCCUAAGGUGUGGGCAGCAGGCUUCUCUACUGCGAUUUUGAAGAAACACAGCUCCUUAGCAAAACCUGCGGUUGAGACUAAAGAACUAAAUGCCUCUGGGGGUGCAGCAAGCUUGUCAAAGGUGCAAGAAGGGGAACCUCCAGCAAUUGAAACCAUGCUUUUGUUGUUAUUAGAGAAGCUGUUCUCAGUCCUUCUGAAGUUGCCUGAUGUGGAUAAGAGGUUAACCAAGGUAGUUUCUAACCUCUCAAUAAACCCUCCUCAUUGUCCACAACUCUACCUUUACAGUACGGGUGAUAAAGUCGUCCCACACCAAUCCAUCGGAUCCUUCAUUGCAGAGCAAAGGAAGAUAAGUAGAACAGUGAAGUCGUUCAAUUUUGGCACAUCUCCUCACGUCGACCAUUACAGGACUUUCCCCAACAUAUACUCUCAAGAGCUCAACCAUUUUUUGAAAGAAUGCUUGGCUACAACUGUGAAGCAGACGUAAACUUAAAUGAAAUCCAGUUCCUGUAGAAUAAAGAUAGUCUGUCCAUCUCUGCCGGAAUUGUGGCAAUAGAAACAUCCU